AUGGGCACAAAAGGCGUUGAAAUGGUAAUCUGGGACAGAUUGGAACGCUUAGAGGGUGACAAAGCAGUCCGAAGAUCGAUAACAAAAGCUAGUGUAUCUGAUAGAGAGAAGCAAGGAUUGACUUCUCAUAAAAAAAACAAUUUUAGGGGCCCAGCUCGUCGGACUGUUGCUAUCGUUGUGAGUUUACUACUUAUCAACCUUUGGUUUCGUUUGUACUCUCAAUGGGAAGGCGCAUCCACCGGGAAUGUUACAGAUGUCGGUUCUCAUCCUUCUGACUCCACUCAAGAGUCGUUUGAAAUCACGAUAGAACAGAUGCCAGAGACGCCGCCGGUAUUUACGCAGGAGAUUUUACAACAUUCUUUUGGUGACUCGUGGGGAAAGCCUUUCACAGCUAAAUUUCAGCCGUAUAAAGAAGGAAGUUACGACAGUGUAAUCCUUGAAUUGAACACCAACGUUUCCGGACGACAAUUCGAUCGUCUCGUUCACGUUUUCAUCGAAGACAUCAACGUUUGGAGGUCUUCAACAGUAGAGCCAUGGGGCAAUAAGACUAUUUUGAGUCAUUCUAUCAAAGAUAUCACCCAAUACAAAUCACUCUUCAAGGGUGAAAGUCUAAAAAUUUCUCUCCAACUUGACAACCUGGUUACAAACAAAUUGACCGGAGUAUUCAACGUGAGUCUACGUGCACACUACUAUAAAAACGAGGAGAAACAUCAUGUUGCGUCAAGUUCGUUACGUGAAAAGCUUUUUGAAAUGUUUACUGCUCCAGCACACAUCAUAACUCCUUUAGUGACGCGUUUCUCUAGAACUCCAUUGUUAUACUACCCGCUAGCCUCUCAAGAAAAUCCGCGCUGGUCCCGCGGUCUUCCCGAGAUAGAUUCAAAUUUCAAUGUUUCGAGAGCGAUGAUUGAGAUAUUUGCAUCCGGUAAUGCUGCGGAAGAAUUUUGGUACACCAAUGUUUUGGAUCGCUACGUCAACAGGUUUCGUAAGUCGGGUCAUGAACUUCUUGGCCAUGGACCCUUUCGUGCAAUCAAAGUGUACUUGACAGAUUCCGAACGUGAAAUAUUAAUUGACACUAUCAUUCCAACUCCAAUCAUUUUCACUGGCUUCUUUCCGCCUCUUUGGAGACCUUGUGUGGGUAUGAAUGCUUUUAAUAUCAAAAGUUACAAAGUCGAUUUAACCCCAUUUCUCUCGCUUUUUGAGAGUGGAACAUGGGAGCUGCAACUUGAAGUUGUGAGCAGUAUAGACUCUGAUUUCAAGCCAACGGUUGGUGAAAAUUGGAUUAUUUCAGGUAAUGUGCUAGUUUGGUGCAAUAAUACACCUGUCACCAGCUCCAAAUUCAUUAAUUCGACUGCUCUUCCUCCAGUUUUCGAUGUUGUUGUUAAUACUUCUCGCUCAGAUGAACUGACGCAAGAUCUGUUCGCAUUUGACGGUGUUCAAAUCGAUAGUUUGAUAACGAUAGAUGAUGUGGAGUACGAAUGCCGCCAAGUUGCACAGAGCAAACUAACGAACAAUCAAACAUAUUUAAGAAAUGGAAACUUCGAACAGGCUUACGUGAAUCUAUUUACGAUACGCAAGUUUGUUAUCAGCAGAGAUGGUAUUGAUCUUUACCAGUACGUAGACGAAACUGGGUGGCGGUUUGGUGCGACAAUGGAAACAGAAUCAGACAAGCAUUCCGAGCUUACCUUAUCUGCUAGUAUUGGCCGUAAGCUAGAUCGUCUUGUCGCGCUACAAGAGAUGAAUACACAAAAUGGCACAGAAGAUACACUACUUUCUCUGAAUGGGGUGCAAAAAGGAAACACUACCUACACGUUGUCGCCGGCAGGUAAUCAUGGAUCUGGAGAUAGCGUUCAUUCAGUACGAGUCAAACAUGUUUGGCCGUUCAAGAACAGCUUCCAACGAACCGUUGUUGUAAAGGAUAACCAAGUUAUUGCAGAUAGAACUAAUUGA